AUGCCCGCGCUCUGGCUCCGAGGCUGCUUUUACCUGGCGCUGCUUCUGCCCACGGCCAGGGCCACCUCCAGGAGUCCAGUGUGUGAUUGCAACGGCAAGUCUCGGCAGUGCGUGUUCGAUGGGGAGUUGCUCCGGCUGACCGGGGACGGCUUCCGUUGCCUGCAUUGCUCGGACAACACCGACGGGCGCCACUGUGAACGUUGCCGCCAGGGCUUCCACAGGACCCAUGAGCAAGAGCGCUGCCGGCCCUGCAACUGCCACGCCCAAGGUGCUUUGAGCACACAGUGUGACAGCGCUGGCCGGUGUCGCUGCAAACCUGGAGUGACCGGAGACAAGUGUGACCGCUGUCUCCCAGGCUUCCACACUCUCACCGAGGCAGGCUGCUCUCGAGAUCAGAGAUUUCAAGACCCCAAGUGUGACUGUGAUCCAGCUGGCGUCUCGGGGCCAUGUGAGUCGGGCCGCUGUGUCUGCAAGCCAGCUGUAACCGGGGAGCGCUGUGACAGGUGUCUCUCAGGCUACUAUCACCUGGAGGCGGAGAACCCCGAAGGCUGCACCCAGUGUUUCUGCUAUGGCCACUCAGCUACAUGCCGGAGCGCAGAAGACUACAGCCUGCACAGGGUCAGCUCCACCUUCCAGCAGGAUGCUGAGGGCUGGAAGGCCCUGCACAAGAGUGGUGCCAGGGCCAACCUGCAGUGGUCUCAGCGCCACCGGGACAUCUUCAGCUCCUCUCGACGGGCUGAUCCUGUCUACUUCAUAGCUCCUGCCAAGUUCCUGGGGAACCAGCAAGUGAGUUAUGGGCAGAGUCUGACCUUUAACUACCGCGUGGACCGAGGAGGCCGGCGCCCAUCGGCUCAUGAUGUCAUCCUAGAAGGGGCCGGACUGCGGGUUGCUGCACCCCUGAUGCCUCUGGGAAGGACCUUGCCCUGUGGGCUUACCAAGACCUACACCUUCAAGCUGAACGAGCACCCGAGCAGCCGCUGGACCCCCCAGCUGAGCUACUUUGAGUUCCGGCGGCUACUUCGGAACCUCACAGCUCUCCGUAUCCGGGCCACCUACGGUGAAUACAGCACAGGCUACCUGGACAACGUGACCCUGAUUUCUGCACGACCUGUUUCUGGCUCUCCAGCCCCCUGGGUGGAACACUGUGUGUGUCCUACCGGAUACAGGGGACAGUUCUGUCAGGACUGUGCUUCUGGCUACAAAAGGGAUUCAGCCCGAUUGGGGCCUUUUGGCUCCUGUAUCCCUUGUAACUGCCAGGGAGGAGGUGCCUGUGACCCCGACACAGGAGAAUGCUACUCGGGGGAUGAGAACCCUGAUGUGGAAUGCGCCGACUGCCCCUUGGGCUUCUACAAUGACCCGCAUGACCCUCGCAGUUGCAAGCCGUGCCCAUGCCCGCAGGGCUUCAGCUGUGCUGUGACACCCGAGACAGAGGAGGUGGUCUGCCACAGCUGUGCCCCCGGCAUCACAGGCGCCCGCUGCGAACUCUGUGCUGAGGGCCACUUCGGGGACCCCCUCGGGGAGCAGGGCCCAGUGAGGCCAUGCCAGCCUUGUGACUGUAACCACAACACUGACUCCAGUGUCUCCGGCCGCUGUGACCGCCUGACAGGCCACUGUCUCCGGUGUGCACACAAUACAGCUGGCCCCCACUGCGACAAGUGCCAGGCCGGCUACUUUGGGGACCCUCUGGACCCCAACCCAGAGAACAGGUGUCGAGCCUGCAGCUGCGACCCUGCAGGCUCGGAGCCGGUGCCCUGUCGCAGUGAUGGCAGCUGCGUGUGCAAGCCAGGCUUCGUGGGCCCCCGGUGUGAGCUGGCAGCGCUGACCAGGUGCCCUGCCUGCUACAGCCGAGUGACGACUCAGCUGGACCCAAUCAAACGGGAGCUUCAGAGCCUUGAGAUACUGGUGUCCCAGGCUCAGGCUGGUGGCACAGUGCCUGAUGCGCAGCUGGAAGGCAGGAUGCAGCAAGUCGAGCAGACACUGAGGGACAUGCUGAGAGAAGUCCAGGCUUCUGAAGGCACCGUCCAAUCCCUCCAUCUCCAGUUGGCCAGAGUCAGGAGCCAAGAGGGCAGCUUCAAGCAGCGCCUGGAGGAGCUGCAGCAGGCGGCCGAGCGAGUGCGAGCACUGGGUGUGCAGAACCAACUCCGUGUGCAGGACACGCAGCGGUACCUGUCCCAGCUGCAGCUACACCUGGAGGAGAGCGAGGCUGCGCUGCGCAAGGCUAACAUCCCGUCCACCGACCACUACGAGGGGCCAAAUGGCUUCAAGAGACUGGCGCAGGAGGCAGCACGAUUGGCGGACAGCCAUGUGGAAUCAGCUAGCAACGCUGCACAGCUGGCCCGGGAAGCUGAGGAUUAUUCGAACCAAGCCUUGGCGUUGGCCCGUGAAGCUCUGCAAGGAGGCAGUGGUACAGGGGGCAGUGUGGAUGGUGCCCUGGUACAAGGGCUGGUAAGAAGAUUGGAGAAGACUAAGACUCUGGCCCAGCUGCUGGCCCAGGAUGCAGCCCACGCCAGCUCAGAAGCAGACGGCUCUUAUCAGCAGAGCCUGCAGCUCUCGGAAGCUGUGACUCAGCUCCAGAGGACCACCGGCCAGUCAUUCCAGGCAGAAGUGGAGAGGAUUCAACAAAGUGCAGAUACUCUGGCCAGUCUGGUGACGAAGCACAUGGAGGAGUUUAACCUUGCCCGUAGCAGCCUGGGGAACUGGGAAAAAGAAACGCAAACACUUCUUCAGGAUGGAAAGAACUCAAGACAGGAUUCGAAUCAGCUGCUUUCCCGAGCCAACCUGGCUAAAACACGUGCCCAGGAAGCACUGAGUAUGGGCAACGCCACUUUUUAUGAAGUAGAGAACAUCUUGAAGACUCUGAGAGAGUUUGACCUGCAGGUCGAAGACAAGAGAGCCGAGGCGGAGGACGCCAUGAAGAGAUUGUCCCUCAUCAGCCGGAAAGUGGUUGAGGCCAGUGACAAGAGUGAGCAAGCUGCAGCGGCCCUGGAUGGCGCUGUCACCGACACCCAGAGGGCAAAGCAGGCAGCCACAGAAGCCCUGCAGAUCACGGGCAAGAUGGAGCAGGAGAUGGGGAGUCUGAACGCAGAAGCCAACAUGACUGCCGAUGGUGCCCUGGCACUGGAGAAGGAGCUGGCAACACUGAGGGGUGAAUUGAGGGAUGUGGAGGGCACCCUGGAGAGUAAAGGGCAGGCACUGGAUGAGCAGGAAGACGCUGUGCAGAAGGUAACAAAUGAGGCCCAGAGAGCUGAGACCAAAGCCAAGAGUGCCAGUGUCUCCAUCCAGGACACACUGAAUGAUUUGAACAGCAUCUUGCACCUGAUAGACCAGCCUGGCAGCUUGGAUGAAGAGGGGCUGGUGCAAUUGGAGCUGAAGCUGUCGCAGGCCAAAGCGCAAGUGCAAGGCAAGCUACGGCCACUGCUGGCUGAGCUGGAGGCACGAGCAAGAAGACAGAGUGGUCGGCUGAGUUCGCUGGAGCGUAGCAUUGAUGCGGUGCUGGCAGAUGUCCGCAACCUGGAGGACAUCCGGGACCACCUGCCCCCGGGCUGUUACAACACACAGGCGCUAGAGCAGCACUGA